GACUCUCAAAACAGUAUAGACACACCACAAACACUCACUUUUCUCAUUACAUCUCUCUUCUUAUCAUAUCAAUUAUAUAUCACAUUUAUUAGUUUUUUCUAUUAUCUUCAUUUCUCACUCUGAAUGUCUGUCAGGUAUCAGCACCGUGCAGUGUGCGGAUUUGCACCAAUCAUUACUCACUCUUAAAUAUGCCAGGCAUGGCAGCCAUUCUGCUAUUCAUUUUAAAUACUCUCUCAAGCAUCUAUUUCCUCUCACUCUAUCUACUUUAGCCUUACCUAGACAUAAUUUUUCUUCCAAUCUUGCUCCUUGAUCACCUUUCUGGUCCUUUAACUCUCAAAAGUUCUCAUAAUAUUAAUUCUUUCACUUCUAACUCUCAAGUAUAUUUAGUAUCCUUGUCUUUACCACUUCUGUUCUCUCAUUUUGUUCCACUUUGUGCCUGUUCUUCUACCAGCCUCUCUGCAAAUACAGGUUCUGUAGGGCCAUCUUCUGAGUACUUCAUACUUAAUUUCCCUCAAUAGUCCUUCAAUUAUGGUUAUCACAGCUACCCCUUCCAACAGCACCCUCCAUCAUUUGAAAACUUUCAACUCUCAGAAUAACAAUAACCUCCUCCGUGAUGCUUCCUUCUCUUCAUACUUGAACAACAAAGAAGAGACCUUUGCUGACUCAAGCCAUCCCUUUACCAGAAAGGAUCCUCUUCACCAGGGAGUUAAGAAGGAAGAUGAUGAAGAAAUCGGAGUUUUUGAGGCUGAAAAGUACUUCCAUGGAGGAGAAAUAGGAAGCCCCAGAGUUGCUAUCAUUGGUGCUAGUAAGUACCAGCACCAGAAGAAAGAAGAAACGGCUCAAGAAACUAGAAGGUACAAAGUUCUGUAUGGAACUCCAAGUGUUCGCUCUGAAUCAAGUUUGAACAGCCAGAGUGCACUUUUACCAAGUGUUGUGAAUAAUUCUUCAAGGAAUAGCAAAAGCAAAGCACAAAGGAAGAGUUUUCUAGCUGGUCUUGGUUGCAAAUGCUAUUGUUCUGAUAAGAAUUCUGUUGAUAUCAGUGACCAUGCAGCAGAUUCUAAUCAUUCAGCUAAAGCAACUAAGCCUCAUGCAGAAAUCUUCAUCAACAAAGAUGUCUACUUCCAAAAGCCAGAGAAGUUACCAUUCUCAACUGUGAAUUCCAGCUCAGGAAAUCAACCUUUGAAAGUGCAAAUUCAAGUAGAGAAGCCAAGGAAAUCGUUGGAAGUGUUUGGAUCCCCAAUAUUGGAUAACAUAAGCAAGUCCGUGAGCUUUGAUAGAAGGCUGUCAAUGCCCUCUUGGGAAUCUGCAAAUUCUGUUGGCAACUUUGAUGAUGAUGCUGCAAGUGAUGCAAGUUCAGACCUAUUUGAGAUUGAUAGCUUCACAGGAAAAUCCAACCCUUUUCUUGGUAAAUCAACUUCCAACAUUGCUUCAGGCUGUGCCAGCCCCACAACUUGUUAUGCACCAAGUGAGGCAAGCAUUGCAUGGAGUGUGGUCACUGCCAGUGCUGUGGAUUUUGAUGAUCAAAGGUCAGUAGCAACCAUAAGGAGUCCAAUCAGGACAUCAUCCUUAACUUCCUCAAAUGUGAAACCGAAAGCCGGCAAAGAGAUGCAGAGGAGGCAUUCAAGUAAUUUGUUGGGUUGCAAGAGCCAGAAGGCUGUGGGAGUUGCUGUUGAUGCCUUCACCACAUGUGAGAAACCAGGCUCUACCCCACAAAUUCGUCGCAAGUCAGAGAUGUUCCCUCAUGUGACAAAGCUUCAGGGAGGGGCAAAGGAGGAAAAUUUUGGUGCAAAACAUGGGCAACAACAUGUUUAUGCCAAGCGCACACCCUCACCACGUGCUUCUUCACAACUACUAUACAUUUAGCUUGCUUGAAUACAUGUAUAUCUUUCCCUGCAUUUGGAAUGUAAUAAACUAUGUACCUUGAGUUAUUACUCAUAUCAUGUUUGGAUUGGUGUUUAAAUCUUCCAGAAUCACUUCUACUCCCUCAAAAGCCAUUAGGAGUAGUUUCUCUCGAAUCAAUUCUUCUUCCAACGUGAAAAUCUAAUGUGUAUCCAAACAUGUUGUUAGUGUUACAGAGUUGUAAUUUUAUUGGUUAUUGUGUUUUCAAUAUAAUGGCUUUGGAAAUAGAUAAGCUUUUAGUGAA